ACUCUCCUCUUCCUCCUCCUCAUAGUACUCAUAUCUCUCCCUUAGUCUUCUUCUUGGUCCUUCACAAAACAUUAUAAUUAACACAAAGAUGAAACGGAAUUCUCACGCGUUUUUCAUCUUUUUGCUCUUUGCUUUCCUUGUUUGCCACUCACAAGCUCGCUUCCUUGCUGCGGAACAAGUUGAAGAAAAGAAGAGUCAUGACGAGAUUAACAUACAACGUGAAGGUUCAUUUAUAGGGAUAAUAAGAGAGCAUGAUCUUUUAGACCUUAUGGGAUCUGCAGAUGGAUGCAUUGCGGAAGACGAAGAAUGUCUCAAGAGAAGGAUGAUUGCAGAGGCCCACUUGGAUUACAUUUACACCCAACACCAUAAGCCUUAGAUAUAUUAUUAUUAUGUUAUAUUAUAUACUUUAUAUAUUCCUCAAGCAUAUUAAUUAUGUGUGGACUUCGUUUCUAGCUAACUAAGAUAUGUUAGUUGUGCGUGUGCCAGGAUUUCAAGCAAGAAAGCUCUUCUUAAAUAUGUUAGGAAGAAACCAAUAUCAGAAAA